AUGACACCAGUGAUACUCAAUGAUAUUAUAUUUAUGGAGAAUAGUCAACAACAGAUGGAGUUUUGGAAAGAUACAUACGUUAUUGUGGCACUCGGCUCUCUAUUCCUUGCAGUACUUUUGACACUGAUUAUAAUCCUGGUCAAAAAAGCGCAAACAUCUUAUCCACUUAAUCGUAUUCUUAUGGCCGUGACAUUUUUCCUAUACACUGAAGUUGUUGCAACACUAUGUGCCUAUAUUCCAAUCAAGUAUCUACCAGUUGUCUUUGUUGUGACAACCGCGAUUGCAGCAGUAGCAGUAAUUCUCGGACUAAGGACAAAGGCAGUGAAAAAAGUGGUUUUGAUCAUAAUAACGUCAGUAUCUUUGGUAAUUAUAGUCGUUGGAGUAUGCUUCAUAUUUAUUCCUUUUACACCUAUUCCAGUCAGAUUAGCGAUUGGCGCAACUGUUGCUGUGGCAAUAGCGAUUAUAAUAUUCGUCACAGUACAAGCAUUUCGAUUUCACUGGAAUCCUACAGCUCUACUGCAGGCGUUCAUAAUUGGUGUUGAAACGAUGUAUCUUUGUGCAGCAGUUGCUUAUUGUGGCAUAGAAAUUCUAGAAAUUUUUCUACCACAGAAAGAACAAAAGAACCCCUCGGAAGGAUUAUGCAGUCUGAUGGAUGGUGAUGAGGCGGCAAUGAUGCUCUUUUGUCGAAAGUUUGUAAAAAUGAACACUUAUCAGUAUGAUUAUUAUUAA